GGCUCGUAGCUAGAGGACGUUGGUGUCACAGAGGAGAGGGGUCUCAGCGAGUGUUUUUUUAUUGUCACUGACGUAAAGAAAAGAAGCAACUAACAACCAUGUUUACCCGUACCGUGAGACCGACCGUCAGCCUGGCCCGAGGCCUUUCCACCUCGUCCCAGAACAACGCCAAGGUGGCGGUGCUCGGAGCGUCAGGCGGAAUAGGCCAGCCGCUGUCUCUGCUGCUCAAGAAUAGCCCCUUGGUGAGUCAACUCUCCCUGUAUGACAUCGCGCACACCCCCGGGGUGGCUGCAGACCUCAGCCACAUCGAGACGAGGGCCCAGGUGACCGGCCACAUGGGCCCCGACCAGCUGGCUGCCGCUCUGCAGGGCUGCGACGUCGUAGUCAUCCCCGCCGGUGUGCCCAGGAAACCCGGCAUGACUCGCGAUGAUCUCUUCAACACCAACGCCACCAUUGUAGCCACCUUGGCCGAUGCCGUCGCCCGCUACUGUCCCGAGGCCAUGAUCUGCGUCAUCGCCAACCCCGUCAACUCCACCAUCCCAAUUACAUCAGAGGUCAUGAAGAAGCAUGGCGUGUACAACCCCAACAAAGUCUUUGGCGUCACAACCCUGGACAUUGUCAGAGCGAACGCCUUCGUGGCUGAGCUCAAAGGCCUUGACCCUGCUCGUGUCAAUGUACCGGUCAUUGGAGGUCACGCCGGGAAGACCAUCAUCCCCCUCAUUUCCCAGUGCACACCAAAAGUGGAGUUCCCCGCUGACAAGUUGUCUGCCUUGACCGGCAGGAUCCAGGAGGCUGGCACGGAGGUGGUUAAGGCCAAGGCCGGGGCUGGAUCUGCUACCCUGUCCAUGGCCUAUGCUGGUGCCCGAUUCACCUUCUCUGUCCUAGACGCCAUGAAUGGAAAGGAGGGAGUGGUGGAAUGUGGGUAUGUCAGAUCUGAGGAGACAGAGUGCAAGUACUUCUCCACACCUCUUCUGCUGGGGAAGAACGGCAUUGAGAAGAACCUCGGGCUGGGCAAGCUGACUGCCUUCGAGGAGAAGCUGGUCGCCGAAGCCAUGACCGAGCUGAAGGCUUCUAUCAAGAAGGGCGAGGAUUUUGUGGCUAAUAUGAAGUGAACAGAAGGCGUUAAGUCAGCUGUAAAGAAAGAGCUGUUGUGAUUGAUAGUUUAUUCCGUCUUAAUUUAAAAGGCAUCUGGGUUUCCCCGUUUUUGUUUUAGCAGUAGGGUCGUCUUGACCCAGAAAUCCUGGUUUUAACCAAGGUGCUAUGUAUCAUCUUCCUUACCGUUUCAAACAUGGCUUUAUCUUGCACUAUGAUUACUGUACUGUGACUUAUAUAUAUUUUGCAAAUGUCAAAUUUACAAAAUUUCAUAUAUUUUCAUGUAAAGUCUGUAUUAACGGGGAUUUCUCUGCUGAAUGACUGAGGAGGAAAUACUGUCAUCAUGUCAAUUGAUGCAAAUAUAUGUAACUGAUGAGCAAAACACUCACUCCACCAAUAAACAGUUUAGCUUUAAAAAUGCAAA